AUGCCUCCGAAUCAGGUGGUCCCCAAUAUUCAUCCAAUCGUCAACGGUGGUGUCGAAGAUGUAAUGCUUUCAAACCUCCUCGGGCUCAUCACUGCAAGACUUGCCGACGGAAACUGCGUGUCUCAUUUUACUCUCUCCCACUUUAUUCGGUUUCUGUUCUAUGCAGUUGUUUCUAUGACCUACCUUGAAUACCUCCUCUACCCACGAGUUGCUGUCGUUUGGCGGAACCGGCAUAUGCCAAGUUAUCACGGGCCGAGCCUCCCACAGCUAUUCCACCUUUUCCUGCUUGUUGUGCUCAAUUCUAUGGUACUCUUUGCGCUCAUAAUCCUCCUGGCCCGAACUCUCUGGUGCCUGGGCGGAAACACGACCACAAUCGAAGUGUGGGAGAUUGAAAGGCAUAAGACGCUUCUUCGGCGAGCCCGUGUGUUCGGGGGGUAUCUCGACGGCCCUGACGGUAUUAGGGUGCGGAUCCAGAAGCAGGAAUUCCCCUAUGAUAUUGGGAUUUGGGAAAAUAUAAAGUCGGGAAUGGGAGGAAGCGCCAACGUCAUUAGUUGGUUUUGGCCCUUUGCUUCAAAUCCACGUCGAGGUUCAGGGGUGGAAUUUGAAGUUAAUGGAUUUGAAGAAAGUACAUUGUCAUGGCCUCCCCCUGAUCCAGAUCGAAUGUAUAAGCUGAAGGCUCCAAACAACUCUGAAAAUGGGUUUACCUAUGAACAGCCGUAUCUUUCGCAAAAUGAAGAGAUUGAUGCUUUCAAGCGUCGCCAAAUGGAAGAUGCCAGACGCCGCCAGAUUGGGUCGACGAUUCAGCGUCGAAGGCCCUUUCACCAACGAUAUAUCCAAAACGUGGAGAUAUGGGAUUCUCCCGACUUGAGUGGAUCGGAAGCUGAGGCCGACUCCGAUAGUUGUGAAGAGGCGUGGAGAGACUCGGAAGGAAACAGGCUUCGGGAUUUUGGGAUUGACGAGGAAGUUGAAUUUUAUGACGAAGAUGAUAUCCCACUUGCUGCGCUUCUUCGGUUAAGGAAACACAGAGCAGAGGCUUAA